AUGGAUGAGCCUAAACAACGAACGUCGGUCGUGCACCGUAUCAAGGUCCUGGUUCUUGGUGAGGAAUCAUUUAGAAAGAAAGAGCGAUGGCUGGUUCAGAAGCUGGACUUUUUUAUCCUCACAUACUACUGUGUGAGCUUCUUCUUCAACUACCUAGAUCGUGCUGCCUUUGCCAACGCAUACGUGAGUUUCUGGUCUGAAGGAGCCCUGGACCUCAGUGGUAGCCAGUACAAUGUUUUAUUGUCCAUGACCACCGCUGGCUAUGUCAUCGGACAGGUGCCUCAUGGCAUCGCCAUCCAGAAGAUUCCACCACGCAUCUGGUUCCUCUCAAUGGUCAUCUUUUGGGCAGGCCUCAUCAUGGCCAAUGCAGGAUGCAAGACCUAUGCCCAGCUCUGCGUUGUGAGGUUUCUAAUAGGGCUGAUUGAAGCAUCUACGUAUUGCGGCACUAUCUACUGCAUCGGAUCCUGGUAUAAACCCCGCGAAAAAGGAAAGAGAACAGCAAUCUUCACAGCAUCUGGCCAGGCAGGGUCCAUGUUUGCAGGCGUAAUGAUGACGGCGAUCAAUCAGGGCAUGGACGGCUACUCAGGGCUGGAUGGCUGGCAGUGGGUGUUUCUCAUCGACGGCAUUAUCACCUUGCCCAUUUCCAUAUCGGAUUUUAUUUACUUCCCGGAUACGCCCGAGCAGACAAAAGCACCGUGGAUUGGCGAGUCCGAGAAGCGCCUCGCCCUAGAUCGUCUGCCACCCAAGCGCAAGGACGGCCACAACAUCAACCCCUGGUCACUGGCAAAGCAUGUCUUUGGUUCUCCUGCUUUCUACAUCCUAUGCAUCUUCUCCAUGGUCUGUUCCGCUUUGGAAGCAUUCUGCGUUCAGAACCUUUAUCUGCUGUGGCUUAAACACUACUCGGCACAGGGAUUCUUCACACAGUCGCAGGUCACCACGUAUCCAUUGGGUAUACAAGCUAUGGGAAUCGUCUCCAACAUGCUCGCCGCUGUGUAUAUCGACGCAACUGGGCGCUGUGUCCCCAUGGGCAUUCUAGCAUGCGGACUACAGCUUGUCUCGGCCGUCAUUCUGCUGGUGCCGACUUCAGGAAAGGUUGUCAUCAUGUUGGCUUUCUAUCUCGCUGGGUCAUCUUACAUCGUCAACCCAUUGCUGUUUGGCUGGGCUAACAUCAUUUCCCAACGAGGCGGUGACGAUGCCCGUCGCAGUGUCAUUCUCACAAGCAUGAAUGCCUUCGCCCAAAUCCUGUAUACCUGUUGGGGCAUUGUCUUCUAUCCCGCUGAUAAAGUGCCAUACUGGCGUGAUGGCUAUAUCAGCAUGAUCGUCAUAAUUGCGUUGUUGUUCAGCAUGCUGUGGGCGGUAUCUUGGCUUGACCGACGGACUGCCAAACAACACCCUGACGCGGCCUUCUACGACUCCACACAUCCUGUCCUAGUGUCAGAUGAUAAAGACAACAUAUCGAUGAGGGCUGUUCCUGAGGGGAAAAUGAAUUCAUCGGAGAACUCUCCAUCGUAG